UAUACAAAUACUGAUUUUGAUCAUUCUGAAGACGCUGCUACUGUUGCUGUUUUCAUCACAGGUUUAUAUGUGGUAAUAUUAAGUCUCUCUAUUAAAACAUCAACCUAAAAGUUUCUUCUGACCUCAGCAAAACCACAUCAAGAAAAACACAAUAAAACAAGUAUUAAACAGAUUGUUUGACCUGAGCUGUGGUUCAUUGAUGUCUGAAUCCAUGAUCUGGAUCAUUUUUGUCAUAAUACAUCUGACCUCAGGCCUGCAGUCAACAGUGUUUGUGGACAGGCGUAAUGCCGCACAUCUGCUCAGGAAUCGAAGGGCAAAUGUUUUUCUGGAGGAGAUGAAACCAGGAAAUUUGGAGCGUGAAUGUUAUGAGGAGCUCUGCUCUCAGGAGGAGGCGUCUGAAAUCUUUCAAAGCACUGAGAAAACGAUGGAGUUUUGGUACAGAUAUCAGAAUGUGAAACUGUGUGCGUUUAAUCCAUGUCUGAACGGAGGAAUCUGCAGAGAGAUCCGCGGCAUUUACGAAUGUCUGUGUCCACCGCAGUACAGUGGCAAAAACUGUGGAACAGAGGUGUUUGACUGUAAAUAUAAGAAUGGAGGUUGUCUACACUACUGCAGUAAUACUGAUCAGACUUCAGGUGUCACAUGCAGCUGCGCAGACGGAUACCAGCUAGAUGAAGACGGGCGGAGCUGUAACCCAUCAGUGCAGUAUCCUUGUGGAAAACAGUGGAGUAGUGGGAUCAUGUCUCGCUCUUUGGAUGAUAUAAGCCCUACCUACUUAUAUACCGAUCCCGAAAACCACACAGAUCAUACAAACAACACCCACAGUGAUCACAUGAUCCAAAAUGAUCACAUAAACCACACCCACACACUGGGAAACUCAUCCUACUUAUUACAUCAAAACAAAAGUUUGCUUGUUAACUCCUCCCACCUGCCACCAAACCAAACCAGACCACAUACAGACAAACCAAUACUGCAUAAAUCUAACCAUUCAUUGGUUACCCAGACUCCUCCAGAAAAUGACAUCUCAGAUGUAAAUGAAGAUACGCGUAUUGUUGGUGGUCAGUUGCAGGGUCAGGGAGGAAGUCCCUGGCAGGUUCUGCUUCGUCGUGCAGAUGAAAAUGGUUUCUGUGGUGGUUCUUUGAUCAAUGAGCGUUGGGUUGUAACUGCAGCACACUGUCUUCAGCAAACACCAGACCAUGUGACCAUCGGUGACUACGACAAAAUGCGUCCAGACAAAGACGAGCAGAAGAUCAAAGUGGAGAAAAUCGUGGUUCACCCUCAUUUCCACGAAUACACCUUUGACAGUGACAUCGCGCUGCUGUACCUGUCUGAGCCCGUGACCCGAGGCCCGUUCGCCACGCCUGCCUGCCUGCCCGACGUCAACCUGGCAGCACGUCUGCUUAAACCUGGAGAACAGGGCUUGGUGUCGGGCUGGGGUGCCACACAUUACAUGCGUCGCUCAUCACGGUUCCUCAGGAAGGUUCAGCUGCCGGUGGUGGACCAAAUGAGCUGCAUCCAGUCCACAGAUCAGGUGGUGACAGAUAACAUGUUUUGUGCUGGAUAUCUGACAGCAGAGAUGGACGCGUGUACGGGUGACAGUGGAGGUCCCUUUAUAGUCAACUACAGAGGCACCUGGUUCCUGACUGGUGUGGUCAGCUGGGGCGAGAGAUGUGCUGCUGAGGGUAAAUACGGGUUUUAUACGAGACUCAGUAACUACCUGCCAUGGAUAAAUGAAGAAAUGAUGAAAGUGAUACAAAAUCAAAGCAUAAAAUAAAACAUUAUGCUGUUACAAUAA